AUGGAACAGGCGACGUCACGCAUACUGAAGGAGGGAGGCUCUCAAGAGCGCGGAGACGAUGCACGCCUGUCAACCUUGGUCGGGGCUAUUGCAAUCAGCGAUAUGGUCAAGACAACCAUGGGCCCCAAGGGGAUGGACAAGAUCCUCCAGAGCGUUUCUGGAGGGAUGAACAUUACAAACGACGGCGCCACGAUUCUGAAGUCUGUGGUCGUCGACAACCCUGCGGCACGCGUCCUCAUUGACAUAUCUCGCGUCCAGGACGAGACGGUUGGCGACGGAACGACCUCUGUUUGCGUCCUUGCCGGAGAGAUUCUCCGCCAGGCCCAGCAGCUGCUUGCCAAGCGCAUGCACCCAAUGACCAUCAUCGAGGGCUUCCGAGCCGCCACAGAUGUCGCCUUGAAGGCUCUGGAGUCUAUUGCUGUGGACCACAAGCAGGACGCUGCGGCGUUCCACACAGACCUACUUAACAUCGCACGCACAACACUUAGCUCUAAGAUACUGACAUCGGUGCAGGAGCACUUCGCCAAAAUGGCUGUUAAGUGUGUUUUGAAUAUGGAGGGUGACACAAACCUCAAGAACAUCCAGAUCAUCAAGAAGCCCGGUGGUACUCUCCUGGACUCAUAUGUUGAUGAUGGCUUCCUCCUCGACAAGCGCAUCGGUCUCUCUUGCCCCAAAGAGAUAUCCAACGCAAGGGUUCUCGUUGCGAACACUCCCAUGGACUCUGACAAGAUUAAGAUCCUGGGCAGCAGAGUUCGCGUGGAUUCUCAUACAAAGCUUGCUGAGAUUGAGGAAGCUGAAAAGGCAAGGAUCAUUGCCAAGUGUGAUAAAAUUGCAGCCCAUGACAUCAAUGUAUUUGUCAACAGACAGCUUAUUUACGAUGUGCCCAUGCAAGCCCUUAGCAAGAAGGGUAUCAUGGUCAUUGAACACGCAGACUUUGACGGCGUUGACAGACUCUCCUUGGUCUUAAAUGCAGACAUUGUUUCGACGUUUGAUACCCCCAAUAGUGUCAAGAUAGGCUUUUGUGAGAGCGUUGAGGAAGUCCUUAUUGGGGAAGAUCGUCUCAUCAAGUUUUCUGGACUCCUUAAGAAGACGUGCUCCACCAUCGUUCUCAGGGGAGCUUCUAUGCACAUUCUCGAUGAAGCAGAGAGGUCCCUCCACGAUGCACUCUGUGUACUCUCGCAGACUGCUGCACGUGAUUCUCGUGUGGUCCUUGGUGCAGGGUGUGCAGAGACCGCGAUGGCAAAUGCUAUUGAAAAGGCGGCCAUGAAGACUCAGGGGAAGGUGUCCAUCGCAAUGGAGGCGUUUGCUAAGGCCCUGCGGAGCAUUCCUGUGAUCAUUGCAAACAAUGGAGGCUAUGACGGGGAAGAGCUAGUGUCAAAGCUCAGGGCCCUCCACAACGCAGGAAAGACAGACUUUGGUCUCGACAUGAGGACAGGGACAGUCAUGAACGUAAGACAUGCUGGGAUCACAGAGAGCUACAUGUGUAAGCAACACGUAGUUCUGUACGCGGCAGAGGCUGCAGAACAGAUACUAAGGGUCGACAGCAUAAUAAGCUGUGCACCUCCACAGAAGAAUUGA